CCAUUCGGUACUCGAUAGCAUGUAACACUGUUAUAUGAAUGGGUACUGAGAUUAAAAAACUAACUGCAUUAACAGUUACAAUUAUUUUGUGUUUUAAUAUUAUCAUAAUUUUUUUGUAUUAUGGCUACAAAAACAUAUUAUUAGAAUAUUUAUACUGUAAAAAUUGUUUUUAAAAAUAUAUAUUAUAUUUGUUAAUAUUAUGGAAUUUAAUUUAGGAGAUAAUCCAGUUACUUCACAUUCAUGGAAUGCUAAUAGAACUCAAAUAGCUGUGAUUCCUAAUAGUAAUGAGGUUAAUAUUUAUAAAUAUGAAUCUAAUAUUAGUGAUUGGGCAAUUUUGGAUAAUCUUGAUCAGCAUGGACUUCUUAUAACUGGGAUUGAUUGGGCUCCUAAUACAAAUCGUAUUGUAACAUGUUCUGCUGAUCGAAAUGCAUAUGUAUGGACUAUUGAUGACAAAGGUAAAUGGAAGCCCACGCUUGUACUUUUGAGAAUUAGCAGAGCUGCAACCUGUGUUAAAUGGUCUCCUAAUGAAAAAAAGUUUGCUGUUGGAUCAGGAGCUCAGCUGAUAUCUGUAUGUUAUUUUGAAGUUGAAAAUGAUUGGUGGGUUUCAAAACAUUAUAAAAAACCUAUUCGCUCAACAGUAACUGCUUUAGACUGGCAUCCAAACAAUAUGGUUUUAGCCACUGGUACUGCAGAUUUUCGAGUCAGAUUGUUUAAUGUACACAUGAAAGAAGUUGACCAAUGUCAAAAAGUAAAAACUGCUUGGGAUUCUGAUGAUAGUUCAGUUCCUCAUUUAAUUGUAGAAUUUACAAAUUCUUCUAGAGGAGGUGGAUGGAUUCAUGGUUUGGCAUUUAACAAAACUGGUAAUCGAUUAUGCUGGGUUGCACAUGAUUCAUCUAUAACUGUGGCUGAUGUGACCUCUGGUUCAAUAGUUAUGAAUAAAUUAAAAACAAAUGAAUUGCCUUUUAUUAGCUGCAUCUGGGUAUCAGAAUCAUCAAUUGUAGCUGCAGGUCAUGGUUGUUGUCCAAUGCUCUAUUGUGUGAAUUCUAACAAUAAAGUGCAGUUUGUUUGUAAAAUAGACAGUUCACAAAAAAAAGAAGCUGCUGGUUUAAGUGCAAUGAAAAAAUUUCAGAGUUUAGAUCGACAAGCCCGGAUUAAUAGUGAUAAUGAAUUGGAUACUAAACACCAAAAUACAUUGACUUGUUUACGUGUUCAUUCUGAGUCUAAUGGAGUGGUUACAAAAUUUUCUAGUAGCGGCUUAGAUGGAAAAAUAAUUUUAUGGGAACUUAAUAACAUUGACAAAAUGUUACAAGGACUGAAAAUUUAGUACCAACAAAGCAACGAGACUGUAAAUAGUUUUAACUAAUUAUACUUAUAAAUAUGCUAAAUACUGUUACUAAUUAUUUGUUAUUUUAUAUAAUUGUACUUUAUACAUUAUUUAUUAUAUAUGUAUUAUUUAUUAAAAAUAUUUUGAUACAAAUUGUACAUAAUUUAAAUGUUAAAAAUGUUCUAAUAUGUCAGUUCAAUAAUUGUACUAUUUAUUUAUUUAACUAUUAUUUAUCAUUUGAAGUAUUAUUAUUGAAAUUCAAUUAAUACAUUUUUUUUCUUCCAUAAAUCAAAAUAUCUGGAAGUUAAUGUUAGUAAUUUGA